GGACCCGGACCCGGACCCGGCGCUACUGCGGCCGCCUCCCGGCGCGAUGCCGGGGCCGCGGGCAGGCGGCAGCGGGGUCCCCGCGCCCGAGGCGCCCCUCAAGACUGUUCCUUCCCGCCGGUGUUCAGCACCAUCGCUUCUAUUCAGCAAAGGUUUGAGCAAGCCAUGGUUGCCUUCAGCCAGUUCACGGGAGGUGAAGGAGCUCUGGCUGGACUCACUCCUUGGGCAAACAAAAGGACUGAAGGAAACCAGAGUGUCCAGAGCUCCUCCGAUCAAACUCCUAAUGAAAGUGUUAAGCAGCUGUAAUACUUCAAAGACACUAAAUGCUGGGAAUAUGGAGAGUCUGAUUGAGUGCCAGACAGAGGAUGAUACCAAGAAAUGUCCCUUGUCAGGCCCAGCAGAUACUGAAGACGGACUUUGCCUCUCAGAUGCAGAUGGAACAAAGAAAAGAAAGAAGGUGAUAUCGCAGUCAUUUACUCUGAGACGGAGCCUUACCAAAAGAAAUUCCUCAGGACAGCUGGACUCAGGUGCCAAAAUCACUCUGUUUGGCCAGCCUCUGGCACUUAUCUGUGGGGAAGAUGACACACUGCCCCAGCCAGUCCAGGAUCUCCUAGCCAUAUUGUAUAUGAAAGGACCUUCUACUGAAGGGAUAUUCAGAAAAGCUGCCAAUGAGAAAGCACGAAAGGAGUUGAAGGAGGACCUAAACAAAGGCGGGAAUGUUGAUCUGAAAAGCAAAGCUGUGCACCUGCUGGCAGUGGUUUUGAAGGACUUUCUCCGAAAUAUUCCCUCCAAACUCCUGUCAGAUGACCUCUAUGAGAAAUGGAUGCAAGCUCUAGAGAAGCCAAACAAGCAAGAAAAAAUUGAAGAAUUGAAAGAGGUGGCUGACAAGCUGCCAAGACCAAACCUCGUCUUGCUCAAGCACUUGCUCUCUCUGCUCCACCACAUCAGCCAAAAUGCCGAGACCAACAGGAUGGACUCCAGCAACCUGGCCAUCUGCAUUGGCCCAAAUAUGCUGAGCCCGGGGACAGACAACGCGCUCCCGCUGGAAGUGCAGAAGGAGAUGAACAACAAGGUGCGUGGGACUCACCCAGCAGCCGCUCCCUCCCUCUGCGGCAGUUCAGAGCCAUCCACAGGGAUCCCACUGCCUUUGCGGAAGCCGAACAGAACAGCACCCCGGGACAUUGGGGGUACCCCUCGGCUCAGGUGUCCCUCAGCCCGCGAUGGGAUGGGCCAGGCUGCCCCUGGUCUCGCCUCCUCUGAGCAAAAGCAGCAGCUGCCCUGCAGCCCCCUAAGUCACAGCACAGCUCCUGCAGACUUUGCAUGUGGAGAGCAAGGGCCACCCGUGGGCACUGUCACCCCCGGGCCCUCGGGCAGCGAGGCCAAAGCUGGGGCUGGUGGUGUUUUGUCUGUAUUGGGGCAGAUCCAUUUGUCUGCAGCACCAGGCCUCAUCCCCCACCGUGGACUCACCCUCAGACUGUAAGCCAGGAUUUUGGCAGAAGCCACCCUGCUCUGCGCCAUCCUUCCUACAGAGACAGCAGGCAGGCUCAGGAAAGAGUCUGCAAUAUGUUUUCAUCCCUCUUGACUGAAAUGGGCUGUUUUCUGUGUGCAGGUGACAGUGUUGGUGGAGUUCCUCAUAAACAACUGCUCGGAAAUAUUUGAGAAGGACAUUGCCUUUCCUGCCUGUGCCUUGGCUGAGGAGUCACCAGAGCACACAGACAGCUCCACAG